AUGCCAUAUAAUAUUGCUAUGGUCAGUGACUUCUUCUUCCCCCAGUCAGGGGGAAUUGAGAGUCACAUAUAUCAGCUGUCUUCUAAAUUGAUCGAUCGCGGACAUAAAGUCAUUAUUAUCACUCAUGCAUACAAAGGCCGAACGGGAGUCCGAUACCUCACCAACGGACUCAAGAUCUAUCACGUUCCUUUCUUCGUUAUCUACCGCGAAACUACCUUCCCUACCGUCUUCUCCUUUUUUCCCAUAUUCCGCAACAUUGUCAUUCGGGAGCAAAUCGAGAUUGUCCAUGGCCAUGCGAGUCUCAGUAGCUUCUGUGGCGAAGCCAUCCUUCACGCCCGCACAAUGGGUCUGCGAACCGUCUUCACCGAUCACUCCCUUUUUGGAUUCGCUGACGCUGCCUCCAUUCUCACCAACAAACUUCUCAAAUUCACAUUAAGUGAUGUCGAUCAUGCGAUCUGCGUCAGUCAUACUUGCAAGGAGAAUACCGUCCUCCGAGCCUCAUUAGAUCCGUUAAUGGUGUCAGUCAUCCCCAAUGCCGUUGUCGCGGAGAAUUUCUGUCCGCUUUCAUCAACCCCGCAAGGGCCGGACCAAAUGCCAUUGUCACCGGCUGAUCCACGGCCAGCACCAACGCCGAUUGGGCCAGACGACACCAUCACAAUAGUCGUCAUCUCUCGUCUUUUCUAUAACAAGGGCACAGAUCUUUUGAUCGCCGCGAUUCCGCGAAUUUUGGCCCUCAACCCCAAUACUCGUUUCAUCAUUGCCGGUUCAGGGCCUAAGGCUAUCGACCUUGAACAAAUGCUGGAGCGAAAUGUCCUACAGGAUAAGGUUGAAAUGCUCGGGUCCGUGCGACAUGAGGAGGUGCGGGAUGUCAUGGUUCGAGGACACAUUUACCUCCACCCCAGCUUGACGGAGGCAUUCGGAACAGUCAUCGUUGAAGCCGCCAGCUGUGGAUUGUAUGUGGUUUGUACCCGAGUAGGAGGUAUUCCUGAGGUUCUUCCGCAGCAUAUGACCACAUUUGCCAAACCCGAGGAGGACGAUCUCGUCGUCGCAACCAGCAAGGCGAUUACAGCGCUACGUUCAAAUAAAGUACGGACGGACCGAUUCCACGACCAAGUGAAGAUGAUGUAUUCAUGGCGGGAUGUCGCUGAACGUACCGAGCGGGUUUAUGAAGGCAUCACGGGUGAUAUCAGCCCAGAGGAAUUUUAUGGCUACUAUCCUGGCCAAGGCUGGGAAGCUAGCGGAGAUCGAGUGCGCAGCUUUGCCCUUAUUGAUCGACUCAAACGAUAUUACGGCUGCGGUGUCUGGGCCGGAAAGCUGUUCUGUCUCUGCGUCGUGAUUGAUUUCCUGAUCUAUGUAUUCCUGGAGAUGUGGUUCCCUCGGGCCAAUAUCGAUAUUGCUAGAAGCUGGCCUAGGAAGCAACCUGAGGGUAAAUCCCGACCAUCUGCCAUGGUUCGAAGACAUGGAUGA